CCGGAAGUUGUACUUGCGACCUCUGCUUUCCUUCUCCCACAAUCCCUCGCGCUCCUCCUUUCCGACUUGGGCCCGGCGGAAUGGCUCCCGCAAAGAAGGGUGGCGAGAAAAAGAAGGGCCGUUCUGCCAUCAACGAAGUGGUGACCCGAGAAUACACUAUCAACAUUCACAAGCGCAUCCAUGGAGUGGGCUUCAAGAAGCGUGCCCCUCGGGCACUCAAAGAGAUCAGGAAAUUUGCCAUGAAGGAGAUGGGAACUCCAGAUGUGCGCAUUGAUACCAGGCUCAACAAAGCUGUCUGGGCCAAAGGAAUAAGGAAUGUCCCAUACCGGAUCCGUGUGCGGUUGUCCAGAAAACGUAAUGAGGAUGAAGAUUCACCAAAUAAGCUCUAUACUUUGGUUACCUAUGUACCUGUUACCACUUUCAAAAAUCUACAGACAGUCAACGUGGAUGAGAACUAACCCCUGAUUGUCAGACAUAUCAAAUAAAGUUAAAAAA